UGCCAGUGAGUCUGGCUGCUGCGCUAUACUGGUGUGUACGAGCGUCUAUUAAUCGUCGCGCGCGCUCAUACGAGCCAUUUUCACACGUGCACCAACUUGCAGACAGUCGCUGCGGUGCUGCACAAGCUGCACACACUUAGCCACACUCACUGCACCUGAAAGCAUGCGCCUAUACGUCCUCGCAGCGGUACUGCUGCUGCAACACACGCAUGCGCUCACCUUCCCCAAGUUCGAAGUGCAGAAGAAGGCGCCGCCGCCCGCGCCUGCGCCCGCGCCGUUCUCGCUCUUCGGCCCAACGAUCCGCAAGGCCCAGAUCGCGGACCUCGAGCCCCUCGCCGAGACACGGUUACAAGCAAGCCCGUUCGCGGCGGGCUACGCCAUCGCGUCGCGAAAGGAAGCCGGCGAGAAGCUCAGCGACUUAUUUUGCAGAGGUAUUGAAAAGGGCGACACGGUCUGCUACCUAGCCGUGGAGAACGAUGAUAUCAUCGGGAGCUGCGACGUCACGGUGCGCAAGCGCUUGGGGAGAGGGCUGCCGAAGCAUGCCUACCUCAAGAACCUAUUCGUGGAUGAAGCGUAUAGAAGGCGAGGUAUUGGUGGGAAGUUAGUAGCAGCGUGCGCGGAGGAAGCAAGGCGCUGGGACGUGUGUACGCUGGCUCUCGAGGUCGAGAACGACAAUGACCAAGCAGCUAGACUGUACGAGCGCCUCGGCUUCGAAGAAAAGGCGUCGCUGGCGUCCUUCGAGAGCCUGUGGCGCUUCGAGACGUUCUUUUAUGGAAGGUCGAUCCUCUGGAAGGCCAACGACGGCGUCCGUUCUUCGCGGGGGGCGUGGUUCUAGGCCCUCGGUCGCGGCGACGGCGUGCCCGUGACGCCGUCGACGCGAAGACUAGUGAGGCGCCGUCGACGCUAGGGGCCGGUCGCGGCGACGGCGUGCCCGUGGAAGACUAGU